GCGCGCCAUGUGGGAGUUUCCGCAGCUGGCGCAGUUCGUGCAUCUGAGCCUGCGCGCCCUGAACAUCCUGGAGGUGCCGCUGUACGAGAUGGAGCGCAUGCUGCUGGUGCCGCAGUCCUCCGAGACGCUCGCCAUGUUGAUGACGUCAUUGGUCAGCUCGCCGCUGGUGCGCAUGAAGCUGGCCGACCUGCCGCCGAUGCCGUACCACAUGUGGACGGCCAAGCUGGCGGCGCGCGUGCAGCUGUGGUACCGGGCGUACGCCCGCGAGCGUGGGUGCACCCAGCGCCUGCUGGAGACGCAGGGCAUCGAGCCCACCUUCUGGCAGGUGGUCGGCACCUCCAACCCGUUCGAGAAGCGGCUCUUCCACCAACUCAGCUUCUACGAGCGCGUCUGGAUGGUCAAGACCAUGUGCGACUUCCUCUUUCACAGCCACAAGUCUCUGCAGGACUGCGUCAUGGAGGCGGCCACGGCCGAGCCGCGCGAGACCGUGGUCGGGCGCGACCGGCACGGCUUCGAGUACCUGCACUUCCCGCAGCUGCUGGUGCGGGACGUGCGUCUGUACCGCCGGGGUCGCCUCUCCGGCUCCCGCACCGGCUCCACCACGCCGAGCACGCCGGUUAAGCCGGCCGACCCGCCGGACGAAGACACGAGGAUGUCGGCCGCCGACGAGGACUCCCGCCAGUGGGACGACGAGGACUCCCGCAUGUCCGACGAGAACGAGUCGCGUAUGUCAGUGGCCAGCGACGAGGACUCGAGGGUGACGAACAUGGAUGGGGAGGACAGCGUGUCGCACCUGCUGGAGGACGGCGAGAAGCCGGCGCCCGUCAAAGCACCGCCCACGCCUCCAGCAGCAUGCCAUACGGCGUGA